AUGAAUCUCAUCUCCCUCUCUGGGUGGCUUGCUUUAUGGGCUGGUAUAUUUUCUGCCGCACUGGCAGCACUGGCUCUGGAGAAGGAAGUCUCCUUUAAUGAAACAUCCGCAACCCUAUUAUCCAGUAGGUCUAUCGAGAAGCGGGAAGUUUUCUUCGGUUGCAGCAAUUCCGACUUCUCAGGAACCCUCGCCCAGGCGAUCCAAGAUGCUAGCGCUAUCAUAUCCAACAUGGUAGCCCAUCUAGAGCUAGCCAUCAGCCUCUACAACGAGGACGGCUCCGGAAACCUCAAGGCUAGCAAGGCGACUAGAGCGCAGCGUACUUUUGACGAACACAAUGCGUUCGCUUCCUACGUCAUGUUUAUCACAAAGCACUACUUUGGCCCUGACGAUCCUCGAAACAAGAACGGCCUAGAAAAGCUCAAGGGAACGAGAGACAUGGCCAGAACAAUACAAUCGCAAUACGCAAAUUACCUUGCAGGUCGGCCCGUCCGUUGGAUUCGGGGUGGAUUCCCGUAUAUCAAUAUCUACUGCAAUGACGCCGAUGUGUACUCCGAGAGAGACAGCGCGGGUUUGACAUACACUGAAGCUACCGGGAAGACAAACCCCUCUCUCGCAAAAGGUGGGACAUACGUCUAUUGGAUCUUUCAAACGAAAGGUACACCGAAUAAAGAAGGCAUCUGGGUGCCAUACCAAGCUAUCUGUGCACUACAGGACGGGGCCGAUCAGACACGCUUCGGCCCCGUGCCCGCGCUUCCGGGAAUCAAGGCGUAUGUGUACGGAGCGAUUUAUGGUCUAGUUCAGGAGACCAUGGUCUUCUGUUCGUUGAAGUUCGACAAAUGGACUGAGGUCGAAACUAGCCGGAUAGGGAGCGGUCUGCACUACCGCGACCUGCAUGUUGAAAUCGGCUCGAGCCCAACUACGAACCAGAAGAGUGCCAUAGAGAAACUGCUGGCUCAGCCUGACUUCAUUGGAAAGGAGGGCCGGGGUAUAAAGUGGCUGUCCGACUUCCUCGUGUCAACCGUGAUCCACGAGUCGACGCACGCGGAGGCGUUCGUCGGUGGAGGAAGCAAGACGCUGAUUGACGUGAAAUGCACUAGCCCAGCCCAGAAUUCGCUGAACCUUGCGUGUAUGAGUCGAAUCGCCAAGGGGACAGACGGCCUUGACAAAAACGGCAAUACACAAGGGCACAAGGACGCAGAAGCAUUUGCUAUUUACGCCAUGACAAUGUGGGUCAACACGGUAUAUUGGUAUGCCGGUUAUUCCCCUAAGGAUAGAAAUACUUAUAAGGGUUAA